AUGAGUAGCAUUGAAAUGAAUAAGACUAUCAUCAUACUCGACGAACAAAUACAAAAUAUUAAAGCAAACAUGAAGACAGAAGACUCGUUUUCAUCCCACGAUAUUCAUCACUUCUCCAUCAGCUAUGGGCUAGUUGCAGUAGUCGGCCUUGCGGCAGUUGUCUGGGUGGGCAGAAGAUACAAGCAAAUACGUCAGCAACGAGCAAACGCGAUGGCCAAGCAAGAAUGUCCACCACGAGGGUCGCCUGACAGUGCUAGAGUGGUG